AUGGCUCAAACAGUGAGUGGGUGCACUAAACCACCCUUUAAUCCACUGAUCAAUCCAGUCAAUUCAAAGCCAGUCCUAGUUGAAGAACACAUCGAAUCCCAACACCAUAUCUUCCUCUCCCGCCCGUACUGUGGCGCCCUCCUGUUCGAAAAUAGCACGUCAGAUGCCCGCGACCACUGCGCGAACGAGCGCACAUUCCUCUCAUGGCUUCGUCUAUCAAUGUAUCUAGCCGUGGUCUCGCUGGCGAUCAUUAUCUCGUUUCAUUUCCGCGAUCAGCCCACUGGCCUGGAGAAGCGCAUGGCGUUGCCGCUGGGUAUUAUUUUUUGGGUUCUUAGUCUGACCUGUCUUGCUAAUGGGUUUGCGAAUUACUCGCGGACGGUGAUGAAGUAUGCGCGCAAGGCGGCGUUGGUGCAGAGUGGGUGGAAGACGCAGGUUGUCUUUACAGUUGUGGGCACUGUUAUUCUUGGGAGUUGUAUUUUGUUCUUGUCGACUGAUCCGCAGCAGUAA